AUGGACAAGAGGAGUGAUAAGGUGAAGAACUUUGGUGUUGGACGUUUCCAUUUUGAGGAUAAGUGGUUUUUGGAUAAAUCUUUUGUCCCUGAUUUCCUUUGCGAGCGGACAGCUCUCUCUCAUGUUGGCGACUUGCCAACACGUAUGGCACACUGUGAAGAUUGCCUAAAAAAGUGGGCCGGAAAGAAGUUUAAUGGAUUGGGAAAGAAGAUAGCAGUUCUUAGAAAGGAGAGGAUGCAGAUGAUGCGACAAAUGAGCGAGAAGGGCACUGAGGCAGACUUUGUUGAGAUAUCAAAGCAAAUUGAACACGCUGUGGAAGCAGAAGCCAGUCAUUGGAAGCAGCGGGCGCGGGUGAAUUGGCUUGUGAAUGGUGACCGCAAUACGGGUGCUUUCCACAGUCAGGCCUCGAGACGGCGGAAGAAAGAUACGAUCAAAAAGUUGAAAGAUAGGCAGGAAGAGCGGAAAGAAGAGGAGCAAGAGAAGGCUGGAAUUAUCAAAGAGUAUUUUGAAGAGCUCUUCGCUUCGAGUAGGCCGACCGACGCAGGAGGACAUUUUGGCGGUGACCAACUCAGUGGAGGAGAAGAUCAGUGA